GUAUCAGCAAAGGACGGAUUUAAUUUCUAACUUCUGCACCCCUGUUGUUGUCAACAGUAUCCAAAUAAUUUUCUUUAAUUGUUCCUUUGCAUGCUGUUCAGCGAAUUACGUUUACCAGCUGUCCGUAGAACGAGCCAGACAUCGAAUGUGUAUUGAUUGAAAUACUGCAUUUGCCAAGAAUUUGCUAGAGACAAACAGAGUAAUUCACAAAAUAUCAUCAUGGCGACUUCUCUAGACCAGCUACGAAAACUCACUACAGUGGUAGCUGACACAGGGGAUUUUGAAGCUAUGGCAAAAUUCAAACCAACAGAUGCCACUACUAACCCCUCUUUGAUUUUGGCUGCUGCCAACAUGGAGUCCUACCAGGGACUGAUUACAGAGGCCAUUGAAUAUGCUAAAGGUGUAGGAGGAUCAAUUGAAGAACAAAUUACAAAUGCCAUGGAUAAGGUCUAUGUGAACUUUGGAUGUGAAAUCCUAAAAAUUAUCCCUGGUCGGGUUUCAACUGAAGUUGAUGCAAGGUUAUCCUUUGAUAAAGAGGCCUCCAUAGCACGAGCCAAAAAGCUGAUAGAUCUAUACAAAAAGGCUGGAAUCUCCAAAGAAAGGAUUCUUAUUAAACUGUCAUCAACCUGGGAAGGGGUAGAAGCAGCAAGAGUUUUGGAGAGUGAAUAUGGAAUUCAUUGUAAUAUGACUUUACUUUUCAAUUUUUAUCAGGCAGUGGCUUGUGCCGAAGCUAAGGUGACACUUAUUUCUCCAUUUGUGGGUAGAAUUUUUGAUUGGUUUGUCAAGAACACAGAUCAAAAGUCCUACAGUAUGUUAGAAGAUCCAGGUGUUAAAAGCGUGACAAAGAUAUACAAUUACUAUAAGAAGUAUGGCUACAACACAGUAGUAAUGGGUGCUUCCUUCAGAAAUACAGACCAGAUUCUGGGACUGGCAGGAUGUGAUCUUCUCACCAUAUCGCCUUCAUUGCUGGAUAAAUUACAACAGUCAACAGAAGAAGUCAAGCCAUAUCUGUCAAAGAAACAAGCUCAGAACUUGGACAUUGAGGAGGUCACCGUGGACGAAAACAAAUUCAGGUGGGAAAUGAACGAGGAUGCCAUGGCAACAGAGAAGCUUGCCGAGGGAAUCAGGAAGUUUGGUGCUGAUGCCAUUAAACUGGAAAACAUGCUGAAGGAAAAAUUACUUCAGUAGUAUGUAUAAAAAUACAUAUUAUCUGAUACCCUAUUGAGAAUCUAUUUUGCUAUAUAAUUGUCGUUAAGGAACCCAUAUAAGAUAUGCUGUCAGAUCAUGAUUUACACAUAGACUAUAACAUACAUUGUUUUAUGAUUUUACAUUUAUCUUUUUUGUCAUAUUUUGAUUAUGAAAUGAACAGAAUGUAAAUUGUUAUGUGAUUUCAGAAGACUUAGUUAUAUGAUUAUGAAAUGUUAAGUGAAUUUAUUGCUUUAUAUGCAUGUACUGAAAAUACAUUUUUUCCACAGUGUCAAAAUUCUAUGAAAUUACAAAUUCUUUGUAAUCUGCGGGAAAAAAUAUUUGAACUUUUUACAUUGCCAUUAUAUGCCUUACAUGAACUGUUUCUAUGGAAAAUUAGUGAUUCUGUACAAACUACAUAGCAUACCUUGUGAAAAAAAAUCUGGUGCAGUACUUUAGUCUAGAAGCAAUAUUCAGUUAAACAUUCAUUUUGACCUAACUUUUUAUAGACUCUGAUGCAAGCUAGGUAAUAAAAAAGAUAAAUACAGAGUAUUUUCAUGAAUAUUUGUUGGGGAAGUGAUUUUGAGUGAUCAUCUUAAUACCAAGAUGUUUUGUAGAAAAUGCAAGUAAACUACAUAAAUAUUAUAAGAAAGU